AAAUUGCUGUGGUAUAAGAGCAAUAAAACCUUUGGGACAUGUUGUUAUGGGAAAAUAAUCAACUUUGGUGUGCUAACAGUACCUUUGCAUCAUCACAUCACCUUAUCGUUUAUUAUUUUCCCACAACAGCAAGGCAUGGAGUGUUUUCCUCCAUACUACACAGCCAACACCACGUCUGCUUAUUACAUAAAGAGUGCCAAUAAUUAUGGAGAUGACAUUAUGUAUGUGAGAGAAAUGAUGCUGUAUAUCUCUCUGGUUAACAAAGAGUUUUCAGUUUGUCAACAGAUGAGCUACUGUCGUCCAUUUUAGAUAAAAGUGACCUGUACUGGACAUUCACUUUAUUAACUCGCCAGUUAGUGACCAUACAAGCAAAGUGGACAUAUCGACUGUGGACUGUCAUUAUUUAGCAAUUUUUCUUAAAGUUCAGCCCAAUUUUUAAUCCUACUUUUGAAGAAUUUGUGAACAUUUGGUCAGGAAGAAGGACAGCUUUUAGCAAAGGGCUGUUUGUUUGUUUGUUUGUUUUUACACUUAAUGGCCAUUUUGUCAUUUGACUCUAUCAGAGCCCUAGUGUAAUUUCGAAAUUUGUGACUUUGACACUGAAGAAUUGAGGAAAGUCUGAAAAUAUUCAUUUUUUUAAUGGAAAAUAUGCAUUUUUAGGCGUUUAACUUGAGAGUUCAUUUUUCCAAAAUGGCCGCCGGUCUCUGUGGCGUUGACGGCAGCAGCGCCAUCUUCCGCUCGUCUUUAUUAUUAAUUACACACUUAAAUUGACCUCUUUCGAUCAUUUAUUGUCUAGGUUCAUAAACCUAACAUCAUCGUUAGCUUCUUUAUUAGUUUAAUAAUAAUUAUAUUAAUGUAUCAAACGUUAUUUAUGUUCUUGCUCAGCUAUGUAACUCAGCGUUUCGCGUGCCCGUGGUUUCCAUGGAGACAGCGCGCGUGCACACACAGGCCUGCAGCUUGGCUUACUUCCGGAUAUUUUUCCGUCCUAAACUUCUUACUUCUUACAGCAUUAAAUCAUUACACGACGAACAGGAAAUCCUUCUCAAAUAUAUAUCUAUAUACUUAUAUAUUUCCCUCAGAAGCUCCUGAACUGCUUUUAUAUUCAUCUUCUUCAUCUUUAUAUUUAUAUUCACUCUCAGAAAUACAGCUCCCUCUUGUCUGCUUCUGUCUCGCUCCUGCAGUCGCAUGGAGGAGAGCGAUGAGAGCGAUGAGCUUUUCAGGUCCUCCAAAAAUACCCAUAAUGCCUCACGGAGUGAAGGACUCUCACCCAGCAAAUACACCCAAACCUGGACCUUAAAGGCGUUACUGCAGGAGCAGAGAGACGAUGCAGACGAGCGGGAAACAUCCGAGGAGUGGCUGGAGUGGAGGAGCUUGGAGAGUUGUGGCCUCACUCUCUCCCACCUCCUCUCUCACUGCUCCACUGCUGCUCUAUCUCACAGAGAGGACGGGGUGGACGCACAGCUGGAGAUCGACUCCGAGUCUCUCGCUGACUUCGAGAUGCAGCUUUACCAAGCGAUUGAGAUGUACCACAGCAGAAUACAGUGGCUGACUCGAGGCAGCAGAAAGAUCUUUGGGAUGGUGACAGGAUCCAGACUUGGGGUUCUCAUCGACUCUUCUGACGUGAGCUGCUCUGAAGAGAGGCUCUCAGAUCUCCAGCGCCACCUCCUGUGUCUCGUACAGGAGCAAUUAUGCCUGAAGAAGCAGCUGCACUUCCUGUCCAUAGGCACAGAAGUCAGCAGUCUGUGGGAGAAUCCGAGAGACGUUAACCCGAAGAGGCUGCAGGAGGUUCAGGAGUGGAUCCUACGUCUGCGUCCGAGCGGAGAGUGCAACCUGCUGCAGGCUUUAGAGAAAACCCGGAGCCACGCCCAUCUCGACGGUCUGCUCAUCAUCCUGAGCUCCUGUCCUGAUCAGGACGUGGAUAUUUUACUCUCCUACGUGUCUGAGGUGGUACAGGAGAUGUCGCUCUCUGUUCACGUGGUGUCCUUCGACUCCUGCAGUCCAGCAGCUGUUGCAGCUGUAAAGAACAUCAGUAAAGUCACAGGAGGGAGAUUUCACCUGUAUUCUGCUGCACUGGGUGUUGUGGACAGCAGUAGUGACUUGGAGCCUCUGUGGGCUGAAAUUAAAGCCGCGAGAGACGUUCUUCACCACGUUCAGGACGUGCGGCGGUGUGGGCGACUUAACGACACGGCGGUGUCCAUCGUUUCAGAGAUCUCGACAGAUUUGGACGGUCUGACUCUGUCUGAUCUGAACUCUGAAGCCCACACCGCUGCCCGCAGUGCUGCUCUGUGUGUCCAGCCUGCAGGUCCUCUCCCAUCCACCUCUGCUGAGUGGCUGAAAACACACGGCCUGAAAGCCAAGAAACUGAACUUGUACCAAGUGCUGGCUCCUAACGUCUACUCUCCACUGGAGGGCUUCGUCCCCAUACUGGGGAAGAACGUCCAGUCAAAAGUGCACGAGAAAGCAAUGGUACCGUUUGAGUGGAAUGACGGCACGGUGAAGAACAUGCACAUGGAUCUGCACCUGCUGCAGAGUUAUCAGAGGCGGCUCCUGGAGGCCGAGUGUGUGAUGGAGGACAGGGUCAUGUGGUUAAACGAUACCAGCAGCAGGCAGAUCUGGGGAACAGUGUGUGAACAGAGCGUGCAGGUUCUGCUGGAGAUGUCCGACAUGAGCGUUCACCACCAGCUGCACAUCCAGCACGCCGUCCGACUCCUGCUGCAGGAGCAGCUGCCCAACACACACCGCUUCAACAUCAUAGCGUUUGGGUCAGAUGUGAAAGCGUGGAGAGAGCAAACGGUUUCCUCUAACCAUCAAAACCUUCAGGAUGUCUGGCAGUGGGUUCAGGAAUUAGAGUGUGCAGGGGGUCGUAACACACUGGCUGCUCUCAGACACGUUGUGGAGACAGAACCACACACCGAUUCCUCUCUCACUCACGGAGUGUAUCUUCUCACCACAGGCACUCCGGAUCAGGACAGCUCGGCCAUCUCUUCAUACGUGUCCGAGUUCUGCACUGGUCUGCGGAUUCACGUGUGCCUGUUCACCAGAGAGGACGAGCCGCUCCGAUGCUCAUCGUCCCGCUACGUGUCCCGCGUCGAAGUCGCUCUGUUUCUGCGCAACCUAGCACACAGCGCUAACGGCCGCUUCCACUGGAUCACAGACACAGGUAUAGUGGAGAGCGAUGACAUCACUGCCCUAAUCAGAGAAAUGGAGAAGGCUGCUGAUUACUGGCAGAAGUGCUGUGAGCUGGUGGACUCUGUGCUUCAGCGGAGCUCCAGCGCACAUCCAGAGGAGGCUCAUGAUCAAGAGUGUCGUAGCCCAGCUCGGUGCGCUAAGACUCGGACGCAGAAACACACACUUCCCCUUCCCAGACAAACUCGACUGAGCUCGGCCAGGCUGGGGAGGACAGAGGGGAAGCGCUCAGCAACAUGGAGGCCAAACAGUGCCAAAGCAGUCAUUCCUCCUGCACGUCCACUGGAUGGUUGGGAACCGGUCAGGCUUGCAAACUCUGCUAAAGUGAAGAAGAAGCAAAGAAUCUCCUGCUCUGCUCUGGACUCGGAGGAAGACAGCCCGGGUUCAGUUUUUAAGCAUCUGAAAGCAAACAUCGCUCAGAAGUGCAUUAAUAUCCCUAAACACGAGGACAUCUCCUCCUCCAAACAGUGGCUGAAACGGUUUGGCGUCAGGAGUCUGAACCUGGACCUCCACAAGCUGCUGUCGGUUCCUGCGUGCACCCACCGUAAGGAGCUCGUACCGUCCGUCAGCAGGAGCGUGUCAGCAAAAUACUGCACCAUCUUUCCCAGCGUGCACCUAAACGGACGAGUGCGGCAUCUGUUCCUGAGUUCGGGCGAGUUGAAGCAGUACCUGAACAAGACUGAACGGCUUCUACAGCGUUACGCUCGCAGGAUGCAGUGGCUGCUCUCAGGCAGCAGACGUGUGUUCGGCUGCGUGUUGGAGAGAGACGUGUGUGUCGUCCUGGACGUGUCGGGCUCCAUGUCGCCCUGCCUCGCCCAGCUGCACAGAGAGCUCACCUCACUGAUCUGGGAUCAGCUGCACGCCAACAGAGUGAGAUUUAGCAUGGUGGCGUUCUCUGAAGAGGUGCGGGUGUGGCAGGAGGAGCUGGUGGAGGCCUCAGAGGAGAGGUGCAGGGAUGCAGUAACAUGGCUGGGACAGCUUAACACACACGGCGGAACCUCCAUCCUACACGCACUGCAGGCAGCGUGUGUGUUUGGUGACUCGGUUGGUGUGUAUCUGAUCAGCGACGGUCGGUGGGACUGUAGCUGCAGUCUGGUGCUGAAGGAGGCCGAGAGACUGACGUCAGGAAAACACAUCACCAUCCACACGGUCACACUGAGCGGCCUGGACAGCACAGCCGUGGUUCUGAAGAGCCUGGCCCAUAAAACUGGAGGCUGCUUCCACCAGGUACCUUCAGCUGCAGACACGGCCGCGGCUAGAGAGCUCCUGAGCAGCGGGUUCGGUGCUGGAGAGGACUCGGUUCUCCCGGAGUUUCAUGGUGAUGAUCUGAAGAGGCUGAGGAAUGAGAUCGAAAAGUUGAGAAUGUUCCAGAAACAAGCCAAAGACUUCAGGGAAAUUUUAUUGGUGAAGAAUCCAGAAGUCAGCGAUCCGAAGUAAACGAAUCAAGAUCCACCGAAGCAUUUCAUUUUUUUUUUUUGGGCUGAUAUAAAAUCAUGAUCCUCUGUUAAAUAAUAAAGUGGUGUGUUUCCCGUACACUGCUGUGGGCAUUAAAAAUAACAAUACAGCUUUUUUAACAUACUGGCUUUUGUGCAAAUGUCUAAUAUAUACACUCAGAUCAAAGGCUAUCCAAGACACAGGAACAUGUUUCUGAAUCUUACUUAAAAUCUUCUCAAGUUUCUGUUCAUUUAGUAUUUAGUAAAAAAUA